AUGACUAAACGAGUCCUUUUGAUUGAUAACUACGAUUCCUUCACUUGGAACUUGUACCAGUAUCUGUGCCAGGAGGGUGCCCAUGUUGAUGUGUAUAGGAAUGACGAGAUUACAUUGGAGCAAGUCUCUCAACUGAAUCCCGAUGUUGUCGUCAUCUCCCCAGGCCCUGGUCAUCCAACAACUGAUAGUGGAAUUUCAGUAGACGUCAUCAAGACAUUCAAGGGUAAGAUACCUAUAUUUGGUGUCUGCAUGGGCCAGCAAUGUAUGAUUGCAGCUUUCGGAGGUGUGGUAGAGUACGCUGGCGAGAUUGUUCAUGGGAAGACCAGCCCUAUCGCUCAUGACGGCAAAGGGCUGUUCCAACAUAUUCCGGACGGAGUGGUUGUGACGAGAUAUCACUCACUUGCUGCAGAGUCCAAAAGUUUACCUCCAGUACUAGAGGUCACUGCCAAAACUGAUAAUGGCAUUAUUAUGGGCAUAAGGCACAAAGAAUAUGUCAUUGAAGGUGUACAAUUUCACCCAGAAAGUAUUUUGACUGAAGAGGGUCACAGGAUGGUAAGAAACAUGCUGGAAUACUCGACAGGUCUUUGGGAAACAAGCACCUCAAAAACUGAGCAGGCUAAAAUACCUGAACCCAAGAAGUCUAUAUUGGAUGAGAUAUUCGCAAAACGAAUUCAAGAUGUGGAGGCUCAGAAGAAGGUGCCUGGUAAAAGUUUGGAGCAUUUGCAAAAAUACAUUGAUUGGGGACUUGCACCCAAACAGAUUGAUUUCUAUCAAAGAUUGCAAUCCACUAUUUCACAAGGCAAGUCUGCAAUUUUAGCGGAGAUCAAGAGAGCGUCCCCUUCUAAGGGAGAUAUUGAUAUUAACGCUAAUGCAGCAGAACAGGCUGUCAAGUAUGCCACUGCUGGAUGUGCUGCCAUUAGUGUGCUGACUGAACCCACCUGGUUUAAAGGAAAUAUUGACGACUUACGAUAUGCUCGCAUUGCCAUGGAAGGCAUACCCAACAGACCGGCACUUUUGCGAAAGGAGUUUAUAUUUGAUCCCUAUCAAAUACUGGAAGCCAAGCUAGCCGGGGCAGACACUGUCCUUUUGAUUGUGAAAAUGCUAAGUGAUGAGACUUUGAAGUCUUUGUAUAAUUUUUCCCUAAGCCUUGGAAUGGAACCCUUGGUAGAAGUGAACAAUGAAACUGAGUUGAAAAGAGCAUUGAAAAUUGGAAGCAAGAUUAUUGGGGUGAACAAUAGAAACUUGCACGAUUUUGGAGUUGACUUGAACACAACUUCACAGAUAUCCACAUUGAUUAUUGAAGACGAUGGUGUGAUUCUUAUAGCCCUAAGUGGAAUCUUUGGAACCAAGGAGACACUUCACUAUCGAUCGCAGAAUGUUAAGGCAUUUUUAAUAGGAGAGGCCCUAAUGAGAAGCAAAGACGCUUCUAGUUUUGUGAAGGAACUGGUUGAAACAGUCUAG